AGAGACAGGAGCUCUCAUCAGUGACAGACUCACCGGCUGCGUGGAGAGAGCCGUGGUGCAGGAAGAGGAGAAGAGGUGACACGAGAAGGAAAGGCUGGCUGUAAACUGGAAGAAACCACCCAAGAGAGAGGGAGGCAGGAUAAACAGAGCGAUCACAGAGGAGAGAGAAGUCAUUCAGAGCAGGGAGAAGGCGAACGCUGUAUCAGACAAGAACUAAGAGGGGGGGAAAGCGCAUGGAGGAGCAUUUCCUAACGGAGUGAGAAGCCGGAGUGUGUGCACAAAGUGGAAAACAAGAAGAAUAUCAGGAGGAGGAGAGUGAAUCUGACCAAGGGCUUGACUGACAUAACAGAAGAGGAGGGGGAACGUGAGGACAAGUUUAUAGAUUUCAUUUGGACAGAGUAUUUUUAGAAAGAAGCAAGGACAUGACAGGAAUACUAAGAUGAGAGAUGCUCUGAGUUCCACAAAAAAGAAAAAAACUAGGGGCGAAGAGAGAGGAACAGGAGACGGAGCCAAGGCGGUGAGAGAUGUUGAGAUCAGAGUGCCACUGAGUGGAUUAGCCCUGGUCUGAUUUCCCGUAGAAAACCUCUGUGCAUGUCCGUGAAUAUGCAUGAAUGCCUUCUCUUAAAUGUUAAAGUGUGUUAUGUGUUUUCAUCUGUGACAGUGGGAUUUAGAAACGGAUCCAAAACAACUCCUUAAUAGCUAAUCAAACCAGCCAUGGCAGAGCACGAGGAGAACUGAUAAUCCACAUUAGGACAGAAAAGAAAUAAUCCCUGAAUACCUUUUAAUAAUUACAGCUUGUAGUACAGGAAUAGGUUAAUUACAUUCUUAAUAAUAAUGACUGUUACCUCUUUAAGUCUCAUGAGCUUUGAAACACAAAGCUACAACUCCAAAAAAGAGAGAAGCUGGAACAAGGAAGACCACACCAACAGAUACCUCUCUCCCAUCAUCUCAUUGUUUUAAUUAUCUUUUUCUAUAUUAUUUGUCGUCCACCCUGGUUGGCAUUUGGUAUUUUUUAUUCUACUCCCUACUUUCCCUAUCUUCUCCUCUUCAUCUUGUUCUUUCAUUUGCCUUCUCUGUCUCAUCAUCUCUUGUUCACUGUCACCCAAACUGCCAUGGAUGCUGGACUCGCUCAUGUAGAAGACACCUUGCUUAGAGCACAUUUGCUCUCUGAUUUGUCUCGCCUUUCCCUGCUGAGUUGAAUGAUUGUAGCAAUUCUGAGACUAGGAACGAAGACCAACAAGUAGCUGCUGAGUUAUGGGAGAAAAAAAACUUUCAAAUACAUGGCAUUGAUUUGAGAGAACUGUUUUAUUUGUGAAAAAUUAUUUUCGAUUUCUGAAUUGUGAAUCUAUGAGCAGAUAAGAUAGUACAACCAAAUUUAUAUCCAUGUGUGGAUUACUGUAGUUGAUUUCUCCUGGAGCUACAUGUUGGCCCCAGCCUCUGAGGCCUGGCUAGGAAAUGAAGCCUCUCCUGCGGUUGUAGGAGCAUUGUGGGCAGCAAUGGCCCUGCAGGGGCACUGUCUCCGGAGGGGAUCCUCCGCUAUGAUUAGAAAGGCUCGCAGGCGACGUCAUACGAAGCCAACAUUGGCUCAGAUCACAUCCACUUUGUUGUCAAGGACACGUCUACACGGCCUGCGGCAUGUUUGUGUCCCGGGGGGCUCUGUUGGCCGCCGGGCCUUCUGGCUGCUGGCUCUUUGCACCUCCCUGGGGUUGCUUUUAUCCUGGUCCUCCAACCGACUCCUUCAUUGGCUCUCCUUUCCAACAUACACACGGGUCCACACUGAAUGGGCCAAAGAACUUGCCUUUCCUGCUGUUACUAUCUGCAACAACAACCCGAUUCGUCUCUACAAACUUACUAAGAGCGACCUGUACUUUGCUGGCCACUGGCUUGGCCUGCUGCUGGCUAACCGGACAGUAAGACCUAUGGUUCUGGACUUGAUGCAGGAGGAUCGUCUAGGCUGGUUCAGAAAACUUUCAGACUUCAGAUUAUUUCUGCCGCCAAGAAAUUUUGAAGGAACCAACCUGGAAUUUAUGGACAGACUGAGCCACCAGCUGGAUGAAAUGCUUCUGUCAUGCAAAUACAGAGGAGAGCCCUGUGGAGCUCACAACUUCUCCUCGGUAUUUACAAGGUAUGGGAAGUGCUACAUGUUCAAUGCCGCAGAGGAAGGGAAGACACUACGCACCACCAUGAAAGGAGGGACAGGAAACGGCCUGGAGAUCAUGCUGGACAUCCAGCAGGACGAGUACCUGCCAGUCUGGGGGGACACAGAGGACACAGCCUUUGAGGCAGGCGUGCGGGUGCAAAUCCACAGUCAGGCGGAGCCUCCUUUUGUUCAUGAACUAGGCUUUGGCGUGGCCCCUGGCUUCCAGACCUUUGUGGCAACUCAGGAACAAAGGCUGACCUACCUGCCUCCCCCGUGGGGAGAGUGUGAAUCCAAAGCUCUGGAGUCGGGCUUCUUUCAGGUCUAUAGUGUAACGGCCUGCAGAAUUGACUGCGAAACCCGCUACAUUGUGGAGAACUGCAACUGCAGGAUGGUUCACAUGCCCGGUGAUGCCUCCUACUGCACCCCCGAGCAGUACAAAGACUGUGCUGAGCCUGCCUUGGCUAAAUUGUCAGCAUUGGAGAGCAGCAGCUGCGUGUGCAGGACGCCGUGCAACAUGACCCGCUACAACAAGGAGCUAUCCAUGGUCAAAAUCCCCAGCAAGACCUCAGCGCGCUACCUGCAGAAGAAGUUCAACAAGUCAGAGAAGUACAUCUCAGACAACAUCUUGGUUCUGGAUGUGUUCUUUGAAGCUUUGAACUACGAGACCAUCGAGCAGAAGAAAGCCUAUGAGGUAGCAGGGCUGCUGGGUGAUAUUGGUGGACAGAUGGGAUUGUUCAUUGGAGCCAGUAUCCUCACCGUCUUAGAACUUUUUGACUAUGCUUAUGAGGUGGUGAAAGAGAAAUUGCUUGAGUUACUGAACAGAGAGGAAGAAGAUGAGAGCCAUGCAGAGGAAGUGAGCUCCUGUGACCCGGUGGCAAACCACUCAGAAUCCAUCAGCCACACAGUGACGGUCCCGCUCCAGACGACGCUGGGCACCCUGGAGGAAAUUGCGUGCUGAAGCGCCCCCCUCCCCUCCGCCCACCCAUCCCAAGAGCCACACAUGUCCAGGUGCAAAGUGAAGUCUGCCUCAACCAGGUGGUGCUACAGAUCCCUGUUGUAGCAUCCUGCAAAAACCUUAAAGGCAGGCCGGGGAGGAGGCAAGGACUUGAGCAGUUGAUCUAAAGACAUUGAUGUGCUCCUUCACAGCCCUUUGUCUGAGGCACUAAUGGGGAUUAAAGGAGAUGUCAGCUGGAUUUCCAAGCUUUUUUUGUUACCCUGGAAUGUUGGGAGGGAUGGGGAUCCUCCGCUGGGCUAGCCUGUCUCUGCGGUCUCCGCAUAUAUGCACAAAGAAUAUUAAAAACGUUGUGGGACACCUCCCCAUUAAGGGAUGAAUUUCUGCAGUAUAUCUAUGUAAAAAGAAAUAAAAAAAAUGUUGAUAUGUUGCUCACUGCCAAAAUAGCUGUUAAAAUGUUCUCCAAACUGCAUGUAUUGAUCUAUCUUGCUCCCUUUGCUGAUACAUAUGCUGAACUUGCAGCAUUACCGUACAUGUGUGCCAUUCUGUCUUUCUAUCUGCUGGAAAGGCCUGUGCAAAGGUCCCAAUUGAAGGAUCAACCUUUGAAUGUACAGACUGAACAGACGGACCGCAGGUCAUCAAUUACAUGCAACUGAUCAUAUGUGAAAUCAUAAAGAAGGUAUGAGCCACAUAACAGGCAUUUUCUUGAGAAGAAAAUAUAGGUUUUAAUUCAACAAAGAGCAGUCAAACUUUUUUUUUUUCUUUUUUUUUUUUAUCUCGCCUUUACCUUUUAUUUUCAGGUUAAUUGGUCUACCAGCUGGCAGGUUCGCUGUGUGUCUCCUGCAGUGCUUAGUUUUUAUUUACACACCUCAUUUGAGGUAUGUCAAACCUUAAAUGUAAAUUACCAUCUCAGCUGGCUGAACCCUAUCAGAGCACUCAGCUAAUUGGCUCAGGGUCUAAAUUAUUAGCUUGCCAAACAAGACGUUAUGUAAACAACAAGGGGUUGUUUGGGCCUUAUUUCAUUAAUAGCGUGUCAGAGGGGUAUUUUAGGUGGCUUUUAUUAUUUUGUCAAACGUUCCUUUAUCUCUAUCCUGUCAAAAAUAAAUAAAAUAUAAAACCACUGACUAUUUUAAUUAGUAUAAAGCUAAAAAAGACAAGCCAUUUAAAAAGCAGGCUGAUUGAUUCAAAUGAGUUUGCUGAGUAAGCUGUAAAUGUUUUUCUUUUUUUCUUUAUGAAAUGGGUACCCAGCAAACGUAUCUGAAGCAAAUCAAAAAGAGCGCUGAUGACACGUCCAACACAGGUCAAGAGGUGACGUCAUAUCUUUGAAACUUCUGCUUUUCUCAGUAUGUUUUGCAUCAACCAAUCACAUUUCAGAUUAGCUGAAUGUGUAAAAAUGAUGGCAACACACUAUGGGUAACAGAUGUCCUGCUCAGGACACAUUAACUGAAUCCUUCAUAAAUAUAAAUGGCUCAAAACCAAAAUCGUAUUUGGGAGCGUUUGGAAGAUUAAGUGCAUUUGGAUUUUAUAACUCCAGUCCAUGAUCAUCCUAACAUGGUCUUAGUCAUCAAAAUAAGUUGCAUUGCAGGUAGGAAUGAAUUCAAGUACUUCGUGAGACAGUUUGAAUUAUGGUUUCCCAUCUGUGUGGCGUAGGCCUCCGUCUCUGUGUACUCUCUCAUGUUGUGGCUUCUGACAAACACAGCCCUCUGCCAGCCUGGGGGAACAUAAAACUGAUGCUUCAGGCGGUGGCAGCAGCACUGGCUGUUUCCUCUCACUUCUUUGGCUUCAGUUGUUACUGCAGGACGACGUUUUCUCAUUGUGUGACGCAGCAUACAGUGUGUGUUUUUAGUGUGAAAUGAUUAAAUGAAAAAUAUGUUUUACAGUCAUUUGUGUCUUUGUGGUUAUAACGCAGAUCGGGACAAGCUAAUCUAUUUAGAUAACUUUGUGAUAAGAGUGAAAGAUGAGAACACGGGAUUAAAAGUUGAGAUUUGG